GAAAGAGGCAAGGCGAAUUCAUUACCACAAGGAUGAGUUUGCUAGUGGAUUAAACGUAGGUCUUGCUAUGACUCGGUAGUCUGUGCCAUCUGCUCCGGGUCUUGUCCUUGAACUAUAAGGUAAGAUCAGACAGCUAGGUCUAUCGAUCAAGUCUUCCAAUUUUCGAUCGACCUGUCCCCAAUGGCCCACCGCGCCCACCGCGCCCACCGCAUCCCCUGGCGCAGCCUGACCUCGCACCUCACCCACCGCGCCCCAACCCACACCAGCCCCGAUACCACCAUCGCCAACCUCUACUUCCGCUUCCUGCCAACCCAAGCCCAAGACCUGGGCCACUUCGCCACCUCCUUCGCCCGGGCACUCAACGAAGACACAACCGCCGCGCGUCGCCGAUACGCCCCAAAAUACCUCCCCCCGGCGCGCGACGAGCUCCUCCUCGACGACCGCCUAGCCGCGCGCAUCCACCCCCUCGCCUUUCCCUGGCACCACUCCAGGUCGGCCGAGUCGCGAGAGCACAUCCAAAAGACGCAACAGCUAUGCCAACAUGUCGACAGCACCACCGACUUCGCCUGCGGCUGUCCGCUUCCCUACACCGAACGCCGCGCCGCCGCGUUUCUGCGCCCGUACCAAUGGAACGGCUGUUUCCAAUUCGCAGAGGUCAACGGCGACGGGUUCUUCAACCUACAGGUCGUCAGCACGCUGCUCGUGCUCGGGGAGAUGGAGAUCAUCUUCCGGCUGUGCGCGCAUCCCGAGAUCGGGCUGAAGGAGUGGAUGCGCGUGCAGGACUGUAUAUGUGUUCCGCUGGCUGCGUUCGAUCACGGGUGGGGCCCGGUCUUCGACGCCGCGCUGGAGAUGUAUCUCGUUCUGAAUACCUUCUCCUGCUUCCCGGAGUUACACUCCUCGUCUUCAGCGUCAAGGUAUGCGGACGGGAGCAGGGGCUAUGUGCCCGACUACCGCGCCACGAGGAUGUACCAGCGCCCGGCCCACGAGUGGACGGAUGCCUCGAAGGCGACCGAGAUGUCGCGGUACCCGCACCGCCAGUUCCUGGGACUGGCGCCGCGGUUCGACUACGCCAGCCGGGUGCGCAUCGAGGACCCGGAAGUUCCGCUCUUCGAGGAUCCGUUCUAUGACGAGUGUCGCGCGAAGGAUGAAGAGGGGCGGCGGGCCCGACUGAAGCGGCUCUGGGAGCAGGACGAGGGUGUCUCCGUGGACGCGUUGCUGGCAAUUGUGGGCGAGGCCAAGGAGGGAGAUUGCUUCACGUACGGCGAGCUGCCCUUCACGCUGUUCCUUGCGUCCGACACGGCGGGUUUCCGUCCGAGUGAAGAGGAUACGGCGCGUGUUGAGGCCUAUCUCCGCGAGCGCGGCGUGCCCGACGACUGGGUGGCGGAGAUGACUACAUUGCGCGAGGGCAAUGAGCCCCGAUCGCGACUGCCCGUGCCGCAUGAUCCGCUCCACGAGCGGAACCGCACGCAGCUGCGACGGUAUCUGCACCGCUGCUGGCAGAUUAUGGUGCGGUGUAAUAUGCUGGCAAGGGAGCUGGGGACGGAGAUCAAUUGGGCGCGGCAGGUGGUCGAGGCUCUGGAGAAGCUGGUUUCGUGUCCGCCGGGGAUGAAGCUUUCCAAAUAUCGGUAUGAUUAUUCGGAGGAGUUGAAGCAGUAUACCCUGCAGGGAGAGGAGUAAGGAGGUAUCUGAUGCGAUCUGUGCUUGGGACGAGGAGUGGGGUUGUAUGGCCCGAAUGUGUGUAGUAUUAAUCUUCUCUGUAUAGUAUCAUGACUUCAUGUAUAGUUUUAUCUAUCAUCACCCCUCCGCAUCAAUGACUUGAACC